AUGGAUCCUGUGGAACUGACAAAUGUCAACAUGGGACGCGAUGACGAGAGCAGCAGUGGAGAAAGUGCUCAGGAUAGCUACUCCGAGAUGGGAAACUUGGAAAAGGCAGUAAUGAGCAGUCAAUUUACUAAUGAAGAUGAUGAAAGUCAGAAAUUCCUGACAAAUGGAUUUUUGGGGAAGAAGAAGCUGUCGGAUUAUGGUGAUGAACAUCAUCCUGGCCACACCUCGUUUGGGAUGUCUUCUUUUAACCUGAGUAAUGCCAUCAUGGGCAGUGGAAUCUUGGGCCUGUCCUAUGCCAUGGCCAACACAGGGAUCAUACUGUUUGUAAUCAUGCUGCUUGCAGUGGCAAUAUUAUCACUCUAUUCAGUUCACCUCCUAUUGAAGACUUCAAAGGAAGGAGGGUCUUUGAUUUAUGAAAAAUUGGGGGAAAAGGCAUUUGGAUGGCCUGGGAAACUCGCAGCUUUUACUUCCAUUACAAUGCAGAACAUUGGAGCAAUGUCAAGCUACCUCUUUAUCAUUAAAUACGAACUACCUGAAGUAAUCAAAGCAUUCAUGGGACUUGAAGAAAAUACCGGAGAAUGGUACCUCAAUGGCAACUACCUCGUCAUAUUUGUGUCUGUUGGAAUCAUUCUCCCACUUUCUCUACUUAAAAAUUUAGGUUACCUUGGUUAUACCAGUGGAUUUUCUCUUACCUGCAUGGUGUUUUUUGUCAGUGUGGUAAUUUAUAAGAAGUUCCAAAUACCCUGUCCUCUGCCCAAUCUGGAUCACAAUGCUGGAAAUAUGACAUUCAACAAUACAUUGCCAAUGAACAUGGUAAUGUUACCCAACAACUCUGAGAGCAUUGGAGUGUAUUAUUUGAUGGAUUACACCCACCAGAAUCCUGCCGGGUUCGAUGACAACCAGGCCAAGGACUCUCUUCAUGGCAGUGGAGUAGAGUAUGAAGCUCAGAGUGAUGACAAGUGUCGACCCAAAUACUUUGUGUUCAAUUCCAGGACGGCCUAUGCAAUUCCCAUCCUAGCAUUUGCUUUUGUGUGCCACCCUGAGGUCCUUCCCAUCUACAGUGAACUUAAAGAUCGGUCCCGGAGGAAGAUGCAGUCAGUGUCAAAUAUUUCCAUCACGGGGAUGCUCAUCAUGUACCUGCUUGCUGCCCUCUUUGGUUACCUGACAUUUUAUGGAGAAGUUGAAGAUGAAUUACUUCAUGCUUACAUCAAAGUGUACACCUUUGACACCCCUCUCCUCAUGGUACGCCUGGCGGUCCUCGUGGCAGUGACACUAACUGUGCCCAUCGUCCUGUUCCCGAUUCGUACAUCAGUGACAACACUGUUAUUUCCCAGAAGGCCCUUCAGCUGGAUAAGACAUAUCCUGAUUGCAGCCAUGCUUAUUGCACUUAACAAUAUUUUGGUCAUCCUUGUGCCAACUAUAAAAUACAUCUUUGGAUUCAUAGGGGCUUCUUCCGCCACUAUGCUGAUCUUCAUCCUCCCUGCAGCUUUUUACCUUAAACUCGUCAAGAAAGAACCACUUCGGUCACCCCAAAAGGUUGGGGCGUUGAUUUUCCUCGUGGUUGGCAUCAUCUUCAUGAGUGGGAGCAUGGCGCUCAUUAUCACCGACUGGAUUUACAACCCCCCGAACUCCAAGCAUCACUAA